AUGAUAGAUGAUGAAGGCACUGAAAUUAGAAUAACUUGCUUUGGCGAUGUAGCAGAGAUGCAUUAUCAUAGGGUUGAAGCAGGAACAUAUUAUACUGUAUCAAAAGGUUGCAUUAAAGAAGCUAACACAAAAUGGAACAAGCUUAACAGUCAUCUUGAGAUAACUUUGGAUAGCAAUUCGGUAUUGAAGCGUUGUGAUGCUAUUGUUGCUAGCCAAGGAAAUAAUUCGCGUUUCACACCGAUUAAUGAAAUUACAUACUUCACCAACAACAUUUUAGUUGAUGUUAUUGGUAUUGUAGUUGUUGUUGGAGAACCCUCAUUAAUUCGCAGAAAAGAUGGCAGCGAAGUAACAAAGAGAAUUGUCAAAAUAAAUGAUAUCUCAACUUUUACUAUCGAUGUUAACUUAUGGGGAGCAACAUGGCAAGGGGUGGGUGAAGAUUUGAAGAACAUGCAUGCAACCCAAACAACUGUUGUCCUUGCAGUCAAAAAUGCCCGGGUUGGUUAUUUCAAUGGAAAGGUUAUUAACACAACCACUGCAACAACUCUAGCUAUAAACCCUUCUAUCCCUGAAACAGAGACACUUAUAUCAAGAGGAAAGAUUCCAGAUGACCUUUUAACACUGUCUUGUGUUGCUGGACAACUUAACUCACAAUACAACAGGAUGACAAUCACAGCUGUUUUAGAACGUACAAGUGUUCUCUCUGAAAUAGUUUCAGGGCUACUGUGA